AUGCUCUCGUUGCUGAGGCUCGGUUUCUCCUCCUCACGCCCGGUCUCGUCGCGCAUCGUUGGUCGACAUCUAUCCACCACCAAUGUCAUCCGCGACGCGACGGCUCCCAACGUCGGGAUCCUCCCACCCCCCAAGAAGCCUGUCGGUGCCUUCCGCGGCGGCGUUGUGGGAUUCUUGUUUGGCUUUUCUUUAGCGUCCUCACUAGCUGCAUACCACUUGUUGGAGGAGUACAAGAUGGCAUCGGCGGCGCUGCAGGCUAGUGUGGAGGAAUUACAAAUGAGCACUGCUAAGGUCUCUGCACACGUUAGACGGAUAGAAGCAGUUGAGAAAGACCUCAAAGCGCUGAGCGAGACAUCAGCUUCGAAAGAAGACGUCUCAAGAGUGCGAGCUGAAAUGAAGAAACUGUAUGAUGGGUUGCAUGUUGAAUUCCUCGAUUUACGGUCACAUGUAUGGGGCAUUCAGCAAGACGUCCAUGCACUGUCAAAGCGAGAGUCGACAUCGGUUCGUAUUGUAUAG